AUGCCUGCGGCCAUUAAGGCCAUUGUGGCGAUGCUUCUCGGAGCAGCUAAGCUGCUUCAGUCUCGGAGGCACGAUUUGAAGGGUACAGUGAAGCUCGUCUUCCAGCCGGCCGAGGAGGGCCACGCCGGCGGGUACCACGUCCUCAAAGAAGGCGUCCUGGACGACGUGCAGGCCAUCUUCGCCGUGCACGUCGACACGGGACUGCCGGUGGGCCUCGUCGGCUCCAGGCCAGGGCCGGUGCUCGUCGCCGGAGCGGCUCGGUUCACGGCGACCAUCACGGGGAAAGGCGGGCAUGCGGCGGGGCCGCAGCACGUCGUCGACCCGAUCGUCGCGGCGUCCUCCGCCGUCCUCAGCCUCCAGCAGCUCGUUGCCCGCGAGACCGAUCCUCUACAGGGCGCGGUUGUGUCAGUGACCUUCAUCAAAGGAGGCGAAGCUUUCAAUGUCAUCCCAGAAUCCGUCACCAUGGGUGGCACCUUCAGAAGCAUGACGAACGAUGGCCUAUCCUAUCUCAUGAAGAGAAUCAGAGAGGUGGUUAACACUGACAAAAUCUGA